UCUUGGCUCACAAAAUAUGCUCAGGCUUCCUCCUUUGCCAACGAUAGCUGAGCUUAUUAAAUUGUAUGGAUUGUCUGCCAAGCAACAACUGUCUCAAAACUUUUUGUUAGAUCUAAAUAUCACCGACAAAAUUUCCAAAGGCACCGGUCAUCUUAAAGGCCUCAGUGUUCUAGAAAUUGGUCCAGGACCUGGUUCCUUAACUCGUUCUAUACUGAGACACAAUCCACGAGCGGUGGCAGUUGUUGAAAAAGAUUAUCGUUUUCUCUCUUCUCUGCGUACAAUUCAAAGUGCUUUGCCGGAUAGAAAGCUUUCCAUUUUCCUUGAUGAUGUUCUAAAGGUUGAUGAGAAAGCUAUUUUCGAUGAAAUAGGUGCUGAGAAAACCCCGUGGGAAGCCAAAUACAAUCCCAAUAGAAUCAUCGGCAAUUUGCCCUUUGGGGUUGCUACUGCACUUCUUAUCAAAUGGGUUCGCAAUUGCUCUACCAAAAAGGGCCCUUAUUAUUACGGCCGUAUACCCAUGGUGUUGUUGUUUCAGAAGGAAGUCGCCAUGAGGAUCACUGCAAAGCCAAAGACAAAGGAAUACGGGAGACUAUCUAUCAUGGUCCAGAACUGGUUCAAGGCAAAGUGUUUGUUUGACAUCGAUGGAUCAUCUUUCGUCCCUCAGCCUAAAGUAAAGGCAACGGCGGUAUACAUUGAACCUUUAGAGAAGCCUAUUGUUGAAGUAAAUGUCGAUACGAUGGAAUACCUGUGCAGACAAUUGUUCGGAAUGAGGAGAAAACUGAUUUCAAACUCAGCCAAAGCACUCGAAGGAAUAGCCGUAGACGAAUUUCUGAAAGCAAACAGAUUCAUUUCCGAACUUAGGGCAGAAGAAUUGAGCGUAGAAAAAUGGGGUGAAUUGGCACUUGCCUAUGAGCAGUGGAAAGAAGCCAAUCCAUUUCCGUGCACAGAGAAGGACCAGAAAAAGCUAGUCUUGUAAAGAUAUAAAUGUCAACAUCAUUAUUAAAGCCGAGCUUUCCGAAACUCAUUCCUUAGGAAACGUUUUCGAUUUUAACGGCUUCAUUGUACCGAGAUUCCAUACAAGAUUAAAUUAUUUUGAUGAAUAUUCAUGUAUAUACCAACAGCUGUUGCCAAGAAAUAACUUGUCUAGAAGCGAUGCUCAAUCAUUCGACCAUCACAAUUCGCGUCAUAUUAAAGGCACCGCGCGACUUGGGACAGCUUUUGCUGUACGGCUUGUUCUAUCACUCUGGAAACGCAAACGAAAACAUUUGCAAUGCAUCGUUAACAUUUUUUGAUAGCUGGUUCUGCAAUUCCAGUCUGGAGGAUUCGUUCGAGGUCCGGGACCUGCAUUACAUUUGUCACGUGCAUUUUUCGCACGUAUUCUGCAAAAGAAAUAGCAAUCUAAAAGAAUUGAAUAAAGUGAAAUUGAGACAGUUCUGCAACACCUAUUUAUCUAUUUUGUCACACCUUCAGUACUGAUUAUUCGUAUGUCUGCUAUUCUGUCGACGGAUAUAUCAGUUUUUCCUAUAGAUACCUCUACGCCCCAUUCUGUAGCCCAAUCAUAAAUGCUUUUGAUAGGUUUUUGUUCAUCAUCAAACCAGUACAGCUCAUUCACGUUCUCACAAGGUAGUAAAUCCAAGGUUAUCACAUCCAUAUUAUCUGACUUACUCAACACAUAUCCUCUUCUCCAUGGUGAAACUCCAGGGGUUAGAUUUGGAGUAAGGCAAUUGAAUGUGCAGGCUACAAAGUCUCCAACUGCAAGGGUCUUCAAAUCCGCUUUUUCGAAUUUAGUGUAGUCAGUGGGUAUGGAUUUAUCAUCCUGUUCAGACGAAGUAACAUAGAUUCGACUCGUGUUAAUGAGGUUAUCACCUUCAGGUAAAUCGAUUUUUUGUUUUAGAUUGCGGGAACGUUUUUUUUUGGAGGAUGUAGCGCAUCGGCCCAUAGCUACAGGACCCGUUUUAUUUUUAAAUGGAACGGUGUGCGGUAAACCAUCAUCAUCAAAAACAAGAUGUUCAAACUGUACAGAAGUUGAGCUGGUGUCUUUCGAAGGCUUUUCAAUAGAGGAAGAGCUGGCACAAGAUGAAGGACGAAAAGAUGAGACAUUAGGACUUGUUAGCGGAGAUUUAAUUUUCGAAGAUUCAUAAGGUGAGCUUAGAAAAGGCUCGGUCACUGUAGGCAACUCGGAUUUUUUUUUUGGUGAUUUAGACGAUGAUGUUUCCAAGGGUUUAGAUGGUAACGGUUCUGAUUUAGAUGAUGAUUUAGAUGAUGAUUCAGAUGAUGAUGACGAAUCAGAUGAUGAUUCAGAUGAUGAUGACGAAUCAGAUGAUGAUUCAGAUGAUGAUGACGAAUCAGAUGAUGAUUCAUAUGAUGAUGACGAAUCAGAUGAUGAUACCGACAAUUCAGAAGAUUUGGAGACUUUACGGCUUUUUGACGAUUUGACUCUUUCAGAAAGCUCUGACAAGCCAGCACUUAAUUCUGGCAAUGGUGGAUGUAACUGAUCUGAUUCGGCAGCAUUCUCGAUUUCUCUUGGCUGUGCUUUUGGUUUACUUUUUUCGAGUUUUUUUUGUGUAUCGUAUUCUUUUUGGUCUCUUUCGCUAGGCCGGAUAGAUUUGUUUUGCAGAUCUUCUGAUUUAGUUUUUUUAGAAUUAUUUAUUCCAGAAGAAUCGAGUUCCCAGUCUGUUUUUUUUACCUUUUUUCUGCGCGCGUCUGUGACCCAAAACUUUAAAUAUCUAUUAGUACAUUUAACUUUAAUUAGAUCAUUUUCCUUGAUAAUACUCGAGACAUUUAAUUUUCUAGGAAUACUAAAACCUUUUAGUUCUAGCUCAAGGCUUUCAGCUGGAUGACAAAGAUCAAACUCUCUCACCAAGGCAUAUUGAAGAUCUGAAAUUGUACCAAUGUUAGCAAGAUCGACAAAGUACCAUGUGCGAGUAGAAUCUAAACAGCCUUUAACCACAUCAUCGAAUUCUAAGCGAAUACGCAUAUUGUAGAAUAUAUAACAUAUGCUACAUAAAUAA